AUUAUUGUGAACACAGAGCGGCGAUCAUGCUCUCUACAUCUGUUUCACUUCCUGUUUGUUUUUCCUGACGGAGCUGAAGGAGCACAGCUCUUCACCUCCGCUCUCCGUCAGCGUAUCACUCCACCACAAGACGAGGGACUGCUUUAUCUGCAAAUGGCCCCCCAGUGGCUGAGCUGCAGUACUGCAGUGUUUCUGCUCUUGGUUCACAUCACCCCAGUCGUCACACAGUCCUGCGGGGGAACCCACGGGAUCCCUGGGAUACCAGGCACCCAUGGGCCCAACGGCCAGGACGGUCCGGCAGGACAGAAGGGAGACCCCGGUGAGGCAGAGCAGCCCGUCAGGGGCCAGAAGGGGCUCCUCGGUCUGGAGGGCCCCCCAGGACGGCCUGGUCUAAAGGGGGACGUGGGUCUUACGGGGCCUCCCGGUGAUCCAGGCCUCAGGGGGGAAAAGGGGAGACCCUUCAACCCUUCCAACCAAGAGAAACCCUUCUUCUCCUACAAACGGGUGAUGUCACACAUACCAGAGGUCGACACGGUCAUCAACUUCAACCGACAGAUUUUGCCGGAGCUGGAGGAACGGUUUCAGGGAGAGUCGCUGACAAACGGGACGUUCACCUGCGUCGUCGGAGGAAUCUACUUCUUCAGUUAUCACAUUUCAGCAAAGAGCCGAGUGUGUCUGGAGCUGAUGAAGGGCAGCGACAGUCAAAUGACGCUGUGCGACACAUCCGAGGGUUACCUGGUCACCUCGGGCUCGGCGGUCCUGCAGCUGGAGACCGGAGACACCGUCUCUCUGCAGGUCACGAGGUACAACAACAUCGUGACGGUCCAGAGCAGCACCAGCCACACCUUCACCGGCUUCCUCAUCUUCGCCAACGGCGAGAGCCUCUGAUCCACUAAACCAGCGUUUACACCAUCACAGACAUUCACAGCCUCGUAAUGAAAUGUGUGUCUUCUGUAAUAAAGCAGCAGAAUUCAUUAAAAGUUGCACUUAA